AUGAUCGUCCCCGAAUUCCAACCGAUCAUCGUCACCGCCACCACGAUUGCUGCGAUUUUCGCGAACGGUCUCUUAUUAUAUUUGAUCCUUUUUCACACAAAAUCCCACAUGAAAGUCUAUUCGAGAUUCAUGCUCAGUUUCGCGCUUUUCAAUUUCAUCUAUCCGCUCAUUUGUUUCUUCGUUUCGCCGCUUCUGUACGCCUGGGGAAACGGUUUCCUGAUGGUUCCAACGGGAAUCAUUCGUGAUUCGGUUUUCCUCUCGUUCUUCGGCAUGUUAAUGUAUGUCUCGGCUUAUGCUCAAUCGCUUGCCUUGCUCACUUUCCAUUUUCUCUAUCGUUUCUCGCUCGUUUGCAAGAUCCGCUUCAUCAAAGAGAUGGAAGCGGCUCACGCGUGGUGUUGGCUGAUUGGUCUCUAUUUGGCGAUGGCUUGUGGAUAUUGCCUCAAUGCGUAUAUCUUUUUGAUGGAAAAUCCCGUCAUCCAAAACUACUUCGCUGACGCAUUUCAAAGUGAUUUCGGGGACAAUAUCACCGCUUUUGUCACCGUUGGAGCUGUUUAUUUUCUAGAAGAUGGAAGUAUCUACCUUCGUUCGUGGGUCGGUUUUCUUAUCUGCAUGACGGUGAUCUCAUCCACCUUUGUUCUCAUUGUUUAUUGUGGUCGAAACAUCUAUCACGCGAUUCUUGAAUCAGCGGGAAGUGAGAAGACAAAAAGGGCACAAAUGGGCAUCUUCCGAGCACUCGUCAUCCAGACCUUGAUCCCGGUGGCUUGUGAGUACGGCCCAUCGGGUAUCAUAUUGUUCUGUCCAAUCUUUGGCUUCUCAAUGGACACUACCUUUGUCACUAUUGCCUUUGGUAUUUAUUCCUUUGUCGAACCACUCGCCACAAUCUAUUUCGUCACCGAUUACCGUCGUGUUCUCAUUCAGAAAUCAUCGCGUGCGCUUGGCCGAAAGAAAAGCCUCCGCACGACGGUGAAAGUCUUAACGACAACGUUC